AUGUCGUUCCUUGGCGGCGCAGAGUGCUCGACUGCGGGGAACCCGCUCAGCCAGUUCUCCAAGCAUGUCCAGGAUGACCGGACGCUUCAGCACGACCGCCUAGUUGGCCGAGGCCCUGGUGCCUCGAUGGGUGGUUUCCGGAGCACUCCCGCCAGUGCGCCGCAAGACGAGAUGGUGAACGGCUUCCUUCACCAGAACCCCAAUUUGCCUGAGAUUCCCCUCGAACAGCAAGCCCCUCUGCCGCACGUCCACAUCGACCCGAAUCAUGCCGUCCACCUUCAUCCCCAAGCCGCGACGCCCAUGUCGCCCCAGGCCUCCAUGGAGGCUGCUUUCAACGUUCCCCCGGGCACCCAGUUCAGCCCUGAAGAAUUCGCCAAGUUCCAGCAGAUGAAUGCGACAUCGACGGUCGCUCCGAGCCCUGCUGCCUCCGUUACCACUCAGCCCCAGGCCGCGAUGCCCAUGACCAUGCAGCCUCUUGCCGCCCCCAUGUACCGCCCCAUGAUGUCGCAUCCCAUGUACCAGCCUAUGUAUGGCCCUCAAAUGAUGCACAUGCCCCAGCAACCGCAACAAGAGGUCCAGGGCAAGGGCAAGGAGCGACUGGUAGAGCUGGACGACAGCAAGUGGGAGGAGCAGUUCAAGCAGAUGGAGCUGCACGACCGCCAGCUGCGCGAGGAGGAGGCUGCCAAGACGGAGGAGAAAGACGAGGCUAAGGCCAUGGAGCCCGAGCUGAACAAGAUGGACGAGCAGCUGCACUCCGAGACAGGCUAUGGCGACCUUGAGUCGAUAUGGGCCGGCAUCCAAAAGGAGCAGGAGGCCCUCCGCGACUUGGACGACGAGGAAAACUAUGUUCGCUUCGACAACGGUAGCUUCGACAACACCAGCUGGGGUAUCAACAGCGGCUUUGGCACUGGCCCCAUCGUGGAGCCUUACAUGUUCGAGCAGGAAAACAUCUUCCAGAACGAGCAGAACCCCUUCGAGGAAGGCUUGCGCAUCAUGCGCGAAGGCGGUAACCUUUCUCUGGCCGCCCUGGCGUUCGAGGCUGCCGUGCAGAAGAACCCGGACCAUGUUGAGGCUUGGGUCCAUCUCGGCAGUGCGCAGGCCCAGAACGAGAAGGAGGAGGCUGCCAUCCGCGCGCUGGAGCAUGCGCUCAAGAUCGAUCCCAACAAUCUGGAUGCCCUGAUGGGCCUUGCCGUGUCUUACACAAACGAGGGCUAUGAUAGCGUUGCCUACCGCACCCUUGAGCGCUGGCUAUCCGUCAAGUACCCACAGAUCAUCGCUCCGGCCGAUGUCUCUGCUCCGGCCGAGAUGGGCUUCACCGACCGCGCAAAGCUCCACGAGCGUGUGACUAAUCUCUUCCUCGAGGCUGCGCGUCUGGCUCCGGAUGGUGAUCACAUGGACCCAGACGUUCAGGUUGGCCUGGGCGUUCUCUUCUACGGCGCCGAGGAGUAUGACAAGGCCGUGGAUUGCUUCCAGGCCGCCCUCCACUCGUCCAUCCAGGGCAGCAGCAACCAGCGCGAGCAGGUUCACCUGUUGUGGAAUCGCUUGGGUGCGACGCUGGCCAAUUCGGGUCGCUCCGAAGAGGCCAUCGCAGCCUACGAGAAGGCGCUCGCCAUCCAUCCCAACUUCGUGCGCGCCCGCUAUAACCUGGGCGUUUCCUGCAUCAACAUCGGCUGCCAUGCAGAGGCGGCUGGCCACCUGCUCGCCGCUCUCGAUAUGCACAAGUCGGUUGAGAAAAGCUUCCGCGAUAGGGCGCGCGAGCUACUCGGCGUCAACAAGGACGACCCGUCAGCCGAUGCGCGCAUCGAGGCCAUGACUACCCAGAAUCGGAGCACGACUCUCUACGACACGCUCCGUCGUGUCUUCACCCAGAUGGGCCGGCCCGACCUGGCUGAGAAAGUCGUGGUCGGCGUUGAUCCCGAUAUCUUCAGGGGUGAAUUUGACUUUUGA